AUGGUUAAACUCAACUACAUAAAUAAAAAUUUCUCGGAAGAACAUAUAGUUCUUUAUCGACAAAUAGAUUUGCAGAAGACAAUAACAAAGAAGAAGUUAUAUCUUAUCCUCGAUCUCGACCAAACACUUCUCCACACAAUCACCAACGUAACAAAUUUCGAUAGCGACGAGAUGAAACAAAUCAUUUCAAAAAAGACUUUACAGAAGAACAUCUUCUUUGUCAGAGACCUACACAUGGUGACAAAGCUUCGACCUUUCGUGUUUGAUUUCUUGAAACAGGCCAACGAUUUGUUCGAGCUCUAUAUUUACACGAUGGGCACUAGAGAUUACGCAAAAGUAAUGGCAAGAUUGAUUGAUCCACAUGGAACACUUUUCGGAUGGAGGAUAAUUUCGCGCGAAGAUUGUACGAUACCAGGGAAGAAAGGACUUGACGUUGUACUUGCAGAUGAGAAGGCAAUUUUGAUUGUAGACGACACAAUUUCGGUUUGGAGUAAUCAUGAGAAGAAUUUGAUUAAAGUUGAUGGUUUUAAUUUUUUUGGAACGGGUAAAGAUAUGGAGGAAAUAGAAUCAAAGGAUGAUAAAUUGGCAAAUGUACUUUGUUUGCUUAAGAAGAUUCAUGCUAGGUUUUUUGAUAUUGAGAUUGAUGUAACGAAAGUUAUUGAUAGAGAUGUUAGAAAUUAUUUAAAAGAAAUAAUUGAUAGAGAUGUUAGAAAUAAUUCGAAUGUCCCUCGAAUGUAA